AUGAAAACCAACGUAAAGCUUCUUGUGCUUGGCCCAGUGGAUUCUGGUCGAUCAACAACAAUUGCUCGCCUAACUGAUAAGUCUAACUGUGACAGCAUUGCUCUAUUGUCUCAUUUGACAAGUCAACGAGAAAACGAGAAUACUAUCAAUGACAAUAUUCACUUCGAAACACAAAAAUAUUCCUUCAAUGUUAUUGAUGUCUGUGGUCAUUGUCAUUUUAUGAAAAAUUUGAUUACCGGUUUAACUAAAAUUGAUUGUGCUCUGGUCAUAAUAUCGGCAACUGAUCUAAAUCAACAAAUAACAUAUCAGCAAAUACAAUUAAUUCAGACGAUCUUAGGAAUUGAUCAAAUAAUUGUUGCUGUGAACAAAAUGGAUGAAACACAGUAUGAUAAAAAAUAUUUUGAUGAAAUACAACAUUUAUUUCAUGAUCUCAAUUCUCUCGUAUUUAUACCAAUCAGUAGUUUAUAUGAUGAGAAUAUAUUGCAUUCGUCAACAAAGAUGAAGUGGUGGUAUAAACAGAAAUAUCUCUGCGAAGCACUCGAUUCUAUCGUAUUACCAUCAAGAAGACAAAAACCAUUACGUUUACCAUUACAAGAUGUUUAUAAAAUUGGCGGUAUUGGUACAGUGCCCAUUGGUCGAGUAGAAUCAGGUAUAUUAAAACUAAAUAUGACCGUAAAAUUUGUACCAUCGAAUAUCACAGCUGAAAUUAAAUCAUUUGAAAAUGGUCAAAUGGAUUCAGAAGCACAUCCUAUGGACUAUAUUGCAUUUAGUCUCAAACAAAAGAUAGAUGUAUCGCAACUACAUCGUGGUUAUAUAUGUUCAGAUGUUAGAAAUGAUCCAGCACAAGAGACAGUUAGUUUUAACGCAUUGAUCGUUGUUGUUAAUCAAUACCCUGAUAAAAUUGUGGAAAAUUUUCAAUGCGAUUUCAACUGUCAUACACUUUCAAAUAUUCAGUGUCGAUUUCUUGAACUUUCAAACACAUUCGAUCGACGUCUAGGUACACCGAUAUGGAAGAAACCAAAAUAUUUGAAAUAUGGAGACGUAGCUGCUGUAAAAAUCAUUCCGCUUGAACCGAUAUGUAUAGAAACGUUCAAAGAUUAUCCGUCGAUGGGUAGAUUCAUUGUACGAAACAAUCUCAAUCAAACGUUGGCUAUUGGUCUCAUUUCACAUGUUGAAAAGAAACUUGAAACUAUCUUGCAUGAACAAGCACGACGUCAUAGAAAUUAG